AAGCUGUAGCUGCGUUUCUUUCAAAUACAACUAGCCCACACAAUGAAGUCGUUCGUCGUGGCAUUCGCCUGCGGGAUCGCAUCCUGCUUGGCAACUGUCCCAUUCGACCUGCCUAAAGAAAUCUUCACUGAUGUGAACAAAGGCGACGUUCUCGUGGUGAACGUUAUCGCUGAUCGUGCGUCGUUUUUGCGCGCUCCAGCGCUGGCAGGUACAAGAUUCCAACUGCUUAGAGGUGUUUAUAACUUUCAGACUACAUAUGAUGACUUUAUUAACCGUGCAAAACUCUUACAGUCAAAAUUUACUUCUUCACUUCAGGUCUAGAAUCUUCUUUGAAGGCGGCCCACCCCAGUGAAUCGGCCAUGAUGAUCAAGGCUACCCUAUCCGACGCACUCCAGGCGGCUGCUGUUGCAGAAGGUGUAAGUUUUUCGGCGGUGACCUGUGCCCGCAACUACGCUGGUUGUCCUUCGGGAUGGGCCCCGUCGGGUGAUGCCUGCGUCUCCGCGUCUGGAAGCAGUGUCUCCUUUUCUGGUUUGGCGGCUAUUGAAAAACAAGCCGUUGCGGAGAGUGUUGGCGCAGAGUUCCCGUGUGCGUAACUCACUUAAUCAGGACUUCCAAAAACGCGUCCAAGGCCUUUGCGUUUGUUUUCAA